AUGGUCCUCCCUCUGCCCUGGCUCUCAUGCUGCUGCCGUCGCCUUCUUCUGCCCUCCUGGCCCCUGGGGCCCCAGAGGUGCUGCUCCCAGAGCCCUAAGGCAAGCACAGAAGAGCAGACCAGCUCCACACGCAGUGAGAAGAGGACGUCACCCCCAAAGGGUUCCUGGCCCCGCCCCACAGCUGAGCUGGCCCAAGCUGAAGAGUUGCUGGAGCAGCAGCUGGAGCUGUACCAGGCCCUUCUGGAAGGGCAAGAAGGGGCUUGGGAAGCACAGGCCCUGGUGCUCAAGAUCCAGAAGCUGAAGGAACAGAUGCGGAGACAUCGAGAGAGCCUAGGAGACGCCUAA